AUGGCCGAUACAAACACCUCCGUCGCCUCGUCGCUGCCGCCGCCGCCCGCCACGGGAGUCGCCCCAGGCCAGCCUGGCUACGAGAAUGGCUCCCAGCAGGGUCACAUGCCACCGCCGCCAGUCCCGCCGCUCAACAUCCCCCAGAACACCAACCCGAUCCCCACCGCGGUCGAUAUGCAAAUGGGAGACCUGAUGUCGCCAACCAGCGCGGGAGGCUAUGUCAGAAGAGCUGCUCCAGAACCGAACAAACGAGCGCUAUACGUUGGUGGUCUUGAUCCACGCGUGACGGAGGACGUGCUCAAGCAGAUUUUCGAGACGACUGGACAUGUGCAGAAUGUGAAGAUUAUCCCGGACAAGAAUUUCCAAUCAAAGGGCUACAACUACGGAUUCGUGGAAUACGACGACCCCGGUGCGGCAGAGCGAGCCAUGCAGACCCUCAACGGCAGACGGGUGCACCAGCAAGAGAUCCGCGUCAACUGGGCCUACCAGUCCAACAACACCUCCAAGGAAGAUACCUCGAACCACUUCCACAUUUUCGUCGGCGAUCUCUCCAACGAAGUCAACGACGAGGUCCUCUUGCAAGCAUUCUCAGCUUUCGGCCAAGUUUCUGAGGCACGUGUCAUGUGGGACAUGAAGACGGGACGCUCGCGUGGCUACGGUUUCGUUGCGUUCCGAGACCGAGGUGAGGCGGAGAAGGCACUGAGCUCCAUGGACGGAGAAUGGCUUGGAUCACGUGCCAUUCGCUGCAACUGGGCCAACCAAAAGGGCCAGCCUUCCUUCGCGCAGCAGCAAGCUAUGGUCUCUAUGGGCAUCACCCCAACCACUCCUUACGGUCACCACUCCUUCCCUACCCAGGGCGCUCAGUCGUACGAGAUGGUCGUCAACCAGACCCCACAAUGGCAGACCACCUGCUAUGUCGGCAACUUGACCCCGUACACGACCCAGAACGACCUGGUGCCUCUUUUCCAGAACUUUGGCUAUGUCACCGAGACUCGGUUCCAGUCCGAUCGCGGCUUCGCUUUCAUCAAGAUGGACACGCACGAGAAUGCGGCCAACGCCAUCUGCCAGUUGAACGGUUACAAUGUUAAUGGCAGACCGCUCAAGUGCAGCUGGGGUAAGGACCGCCCACCGACUGGCCAGUUCGACGGCUACAACCCAGCCCAGACUCCUCAAUCCGCUGUGUCUGCCUUCCCUCCGACCCCUCAAGCCUUCUUCCCACAGUACGGUCAGCCCAACGCUAUGUCGCCACAAGCUAGCACCCCGGCAGGCCAGUACCAGCACCCAACUCCAGGAAGCUGGCCGAGCAACAUGACUCCCCAGAGCAUGCACCCACCUGCCGGUAGCUGGCCAACCCAGCAGAUGACGCCACAGAGCGCUGGAGGCUACGGGCAAGCACCUGCUGGAUUCAUGCCCACACCUGGAGCUCCACAGCCAGCGCCGUUUGGACGUGGCUACGGCUACCAAGGUUAG